AUGGUCGGUUUCUCGUUGAGUCUCAGGCCCAAGGAAAAGCAGAGCAGUACUAGUUCAGCGGCACAGAAAAGACGGAGAGUAAAUCCCUUCCAAGAAAGUGACACACCUUCAAGAAAGCUAACACAUAUUAAACUUACACAUGUCGAUGAAACUAAUGAAAAUGAGAACCAGGACAAACCUUUGGUGAUUGAGCCGCAGAUUCCUAAUGCCUCAAGCAUAAUACACAAAAGGGGAGAAGUUUCUACUCAAGUUUCGGCUGGUUCUACGUCAAGUUCGACAUCCGGUACGAAUUCGAUGCCAAAAUCGGACGACGGACAACUACAAACCGCGAAAUUAAGGAAACGAGUUUUGCCAGAUUCUCCACCGGAAACGACCCAGGAAGAAUACGAAGAAGUACCUAUUGAGGAAUUUGGCCUCGCUUUACUGCGAGGUAUGGGAUGGUCGGGCGAAGGAGUGACUAGUGGGCAUCACAAGAAACGUAAUAAGGCAGUACUGCCGCAUCAGCAAGCACGGCCAGAGUUUUCUGGGCUUGGAUCCCAAGUCAAGUUUGGUGGUAAUCAAUUGGUUGAGAAAGGCGAAACGUUCAUGCCGGUUCGCAAAGUUGCGAAAGAGCCGAGACGGUAA